UCGUUCCCCUCACCACACACCAUUAUCACCAUAUCACAUCCCACUUCCAACCGACUACAUCCAUCUCCUCAAAGCAACCUCUUAGUCUCAAGAAAAACCACCAAAAUGACCACAAACGGAUAUACCACCCUAUCAGAAACAAUAACAACCUACUUCACCUCCAUCGACGCCGGCGACCUCCCGACCACCAUGUCGCUCUUCUCCCCCACCGCAACCUUCACCGUGGUCACGGCAGGCAACGUAACCUUCACAGGCCGGGAUGCUAUCCAGGCCAUGCUGGACGAUUUCAUCACUCAGUCUACCUCAAUGGAGCACCGAGUGGUGAGCAUGAUUGUUGAUGAGAAGGCGGGGAAAGUUGCCACGCAGCAGCGGUACAUUGGAGUGCCGGAGGAUGGGAUACAGAGGGAUAUGCUUAAUUGUAAUUUCUUUGAUAUGGAUGAGCAGGGGAGGAUUGAGAAAGUCAUGGUUUGGAUGAGUGGGGGGAGUCCAUUGGGGUAGAUUGAUUGGUUAUGGGCACUGGAGACAAACAGGGAUUGAGGAUGGCAAGGAGAGAGUUAGAGAAGCCGGUGUGUUCUGGGAUUGUUUGAACAGUUGCUAUUGAUAAAUGAGUUAGUUUGAAUGAUACUAUGACUCAGAUACUACAUGCUAACAUGGAUUGUUGCAGAGAUUUGCAAAUUAUACAUGCUGCUUAGUACCUACUCAGUAAUGAAUAUCGAUGACACUGCAACUU